CUCUCUCUCCCUCACUCUCUGCGCUCUGCAUUUCUUGUCUUUUGUUUGCUUCUCUCUUUUGAAGGUAGAUUGUCAUGUGGGUUCGGACUUCUUCCGGAGCUAAUCAGUCCCUGGAACAAGGGGCUCUUUGAGAGGUCGAUAUUGUGACUGAGCUGGGUCUCUGAUAUCACAGUACACAGGGGAAAGGGUACCCAAAAAAAAAAAAAAAAAAUGGCACCGUCGUUUGGUUUCUGGGCGAAACAAAACCACCGUGGAACGCCGGUGGUCGUGAAGAUGGAGAACCCUAAUUGGUCGAUGGUUGAGUUAGAGGGUCCUUUGGAAGAAGACUUCCUCCUUGGCGGAGGCGGGAGUGACAAGGUUAGAGGGAAGAAUGCCAAACAGCUCACUCUGGUUCUUCUCCUCAGAGCUCACAGGGCUGCUGGUUGUCUCACUUCAAUCGCUUCCGCAAUGUUUGGUAUCGCUGCUGCUGUAAGGCGUCGAUUGGCUUCAGGAAGGACGGAUUCAGACAUUGGGAGCGAGAUCGAGAAUGAGAAUCCGAGAGUGAAGAGGCGAAUCUAUGGUUUUAUCAAGGCCUUCUUGUGGUUAUCACUAUUAUUGUUGGGUUUUGAGAUUGCGGCUUACUUCAAGGGUUGGCAUUUUGGGGCGCCCAACUUACAACUGCAACGCCUAUUGUCGACGCCGUUGGGGGUCCGUGGGAUUUUCGAUUGGUUCUAUUCUAAAUGGGUCAUGGUCAGGGUGGAUUACCUCGCUCCCCCUCUCCAAUCCCUAACCAAUGUCUGUAUUGCCCUCUUCCUCAUUCAAAGUGUUGACCGUUUAGUCCUGUGCUUGGGCUUCUUCUGGAUCCGAUUGAAGAAGAUCAAACCAGUCCCCAAACAGAUGGUUGGUGAUAUUGAAUCCACCGACGGCAAUGCAGUGGAUUACUUCCCCAUGGUUCUUGUUCAGAUUCCCAUGUGCAACGAGAAGGAGGUUUACCAACAAUCAAUUGGUGCCGUCUGCAACUUAGAUUGGCCGAGGUCGAAUCUGCUUAUCCAAGUGCUGGACGAUUCUGAUGAUCCCACAACCCAAUUGUUGAUCAAGGAGGAGGUUCAAAAAUGGCAGCAGGAGGGUGCCCCUAUCGUCUACAGGCAUCGGGUCAUCAGAGAUGGGUACAAAGCGGGCAAUCUCAAGUCCGCCAUGAAUUGCAGCUAUGUCAAGGACUACGAGUUCGUUACCAUAUUUGAUGCUGAUUUCCAGCCCACUCCAGACUUCCUCAAGAAGACGGUUCCUCAUUUCAGGGGUAACGAGGAACUGGCACUGGUUCAGGCCAGGUGGUCGUUCGUGAACAAGGAUGAGAACCUGCUUACGAGGUUGCAGAACAUAAACUUGACUUUCCACUUCGAGGUGGAGCAGCAGGUGAAUGGGGUUUUCAUCAAUUUCUUCGGCUUUAAUGGGACCGCUGGUGUGUGGAGGAUAAAGGCUCUGGAAGAGUCUGGUGGGUGGAUGGAAAGGACCACCGUUGAGGACAUGGACAUCGCCGUCCGGGCACAUCUCCAUGGCUGGAAAUUCAUCUAUCUCAAUGACGUUGAGUGUCAAUGUGAACUACCAGAAUCUUACGAGGCUUACCGGAAACAGCAACACCGGUGGCAUUCUGGGCCCAUGCAGUUGUUUCGCCUCUGUUUACCCGACAUUAUCCGAUCAAAGAUCAGUGUGUGGAAGAAAGCCAACCUCAUCUUCCUCUUCUUCCUCCUCAGAAAGUUGAUACUACCUUUCUAUUCUUUCACCCUUUUCUGUAUAAUUCUCCCGAUGACGAUGUUCGUACCAGAAGCAGAGCUACCGGCUUGGGUGGUGUGCUACAUCCCAGCAACCAUGUCUUUCCUCAAUAUCAUGCCGGCUCCGAAAUCGUUUCCCUUCAUCGUACCGUACCUUCUGUUCGAAAACACCAUGUCGGUUACCAAGUUCAACGCCAUGGUGUCGGGGCUCUUCCAGCUUGGGAGUGCUUACGAGUGGGUGGUCACCAAGAAGUCUGGGCGCUCCUCUGAGGGCGAUCUUGCGUCCCUGGUUGAGAAGGAGCCGAAGAAGCAACAGCAACAGAGGGGAGCUUCAGUGCCUAAUCUGGAUGCAAUGGGGAAGGAAGAGGAAUUUCCACAGAAACAAGAGCAGCAAGGGAAGAAGAAUGAUGAGAAGAAAAAGAAGAAGAAGCACAAUAGGAUAUAUACAAAGGAGUUGGCGCUGGCGUUCCUUCUGCUGACUGCCUCUGCAAGAAGCUUGCUUUCGGCGCAGGGUAUACAUUUCUACUUCUUGCUAUUCCAGGGAAUAUCUUUCCUCUUGGUGGGUCUCGACCUGAUUGGCGAACAAGUCAACUGAGCAACUAAUUCGGGGACAGAGAGAGAGAGAAACAAAGAUUGAACCUUGGGAAGAGGGGUAUUUCAUAUUUUGAUGUUGUGGAGUGACGGACGAUGUUUGGAACACAGAGGCACU